UUAGUAACGUGUGAUGUAAACGUGUCAGUCUUCUGGAUGAUCACAGAACUGGGUGAAAAAAUUGAUGAACAUGUUUUUAGAUUUGAAAAUAGAAAACAAAAAAAUAGAAACACCGGAAAUAGAAAAAUUGAAAAAUAAAAAUAGAAAAUUGAAGAAAAGCUGGAUGGCUUGGAAUUCCAGUCAUAGCUGAUUCAGAGGAGAGUUGUAAGCGACCGACGGUUGCCUGAAUGGAAGCUCGAAGUGAAUGUCAUGUGGUGGCGAUGCCGUACCCCGGCCGCGGCCACAUCAACCCAAUGAUGAACCUCUGCAAGCUCAUCUCCGCCCGCCGCCCCCUCACACUAUUCACCUUCAUUCUCACUCAGGAGUGGUACGGAUUCAUCCGCUCUGACCCAACCCCGGAAAAUAUCUGUUUCCUCACCGUCCCCGAUGUCAUCCCAUCUGAAAUCGGCCGAGCGAAAGACUUUCCGGGCUUCUACAGAGCCACCGAGACCAAGCUGGAGGCGCCGGUGGAGGAGAUUCUGGACAGGCUGGAGCGACCUAAGCCGAAUGUGAUUCUUCAUGACACGUACUUGCCUUGGGUGGUUUCGCUUGGGAUCCGGAAGAAUAUUCCGGUGGUUUCGCUUUACACCAUGUCGGCCACCGUGUUUUCCGUGUUUCAGCAUUGGGACCUUCUUGUUCAGAAGGGCCACACCAAUAAUUCCAAUAUUUCAGAGCUAGUAAACUAUAUUCCUGGAGUUGCAGCAAUUAAAGUUUAAGAUCUUCCCACUCCUGUUAUUGGCAAAGGCAAAGAAUUGAUAGAUGAUGUCCUUAAAGCCUUCUUCUCUAUGGUCCCUAAAGCACAAUACCUUUUAUUCACUUCUGUCUAUGAACUCGAAGCUUCCGCUAUUGACGCUUUAAGGGAAAACCUCUCCAUCCCGAUCCACCCAAUAGGCCCUGCCAUCCCUUACUUUGGCACCAAAGAACAACUCUCUCCGGUCAUUGCUGAUGAGAAUCAAGAAUCAGACAAUGUCAUCAAAUGGCUAAACGCUCAGGCAAAAAGCUCCGUCCUGUACAUAUCACAAGGGAGCUUCCUAUCGGUCUCGAGCGCUCAAUUGGAUGAGAUCAUAGCUGGCGUGCACGAGAGUGGGGUUAAGUAUCUAUGGGUCGCACCUGGAGGGGACAUAGACACUUCUCGGUUUCAUAGACGAAAUGGUGAUGGGGGUUUGGUUGUGCCUUGGUGCAACCAGUUUAAGUUCUUGUGUCAUCCUUCUGUGGGCGGGUUUUGGUCACACUGUGGUUGGAACUCGACGAAAGAAGCCGCCUUUGCGGGCAUCACGUUUCCUAUAUUUUGGGACCAGACCACAAACAGCGAGCUCAUUGUCGGGGUAAAGGUGCAGAAAGGGGAUGGAAGUUUGGUCAUGAGGGAUGAGAUAUGUGGGCUGUUGAGGAGAUUCAUGGAUAUGAAGGAGAUGAGGAAAAGAGCAAAGAUGGUUCGAGAAACAUGUCAAAACUCACUGAAGAAAGGCCUUCAUCUCAUAGAACAAUCAUUGCUAGCAUCGGUCUCAUUGUAUCUAUAAUCUAUUUUCAAUAAAAUCAUUGUUAUCUAUUUGAAGAUGUGAUUUUUUCUCACAACACUGAGAAAAACUUAUGUUAGAGGAACCAAUACGGACAUGGAUUUAACUUUCAUUUAUAUUUAAAAAAAAAAAACAGGCCCU